GAUUCGCGUCCUCCGAUCAAGACAACUCCACAAAAAAUCAGUCUCGAGUUUCAACGUUAAUAACUUGCAGUAAAUCUCUCUCUCUUAAUUGUUCUCAGUCAUGGCCAAUCUCGACCGAGUCAGGAAGGAAGAUCCUUUCCUCCUUCAAUAUCAGCCGUCCGAUCUCCUGAUUGCAUCGGAGUUCCUGAACACGUGGCUCCCUUUCCUCUCCAGAGAUCUCUGCCACAACUGCACCCAAGUCCUCUCUGAUCGCAUUCGCUCUCUCGACCCUGAACUUGGUGUUGAAGCAGAACCUUCACAUUCAGAUAAAACUGAAACGCCAGCGUCUCCAAGCAAUGUUGAAUCACAUGAGCAUUGUUGUGAUAUUAAUUAUGAGAAUAAUUCUUCUGGAAGUUGGAAGGAUGGGGAUGCGGAUGGAGAUGGGGAUGAGACGAAUUCUUUAGGUAGUUGGAAAGAUGGGGCAAAUGGGUGUUCUGAACCUGUUUCAGAAGCUUGUAAAGGGAUACUUGGUGCAGGGCCUUCAAUUGAAACCCCAAGCCAUCGGAUGUCUUGGGCUGACAUGGCUCAGGAAGAUGAGCUUGAAGAGGAGGAACAAAGGGAGUUGAACAAGCAGAUGAUUGAUAUAAGUGGUUCAACAGGGGAGAUGAAGAUAUCAAAGGUUGUUGAGAAGCCUAAGCUAUCGAGGGAGCAGAGAGAGUACAUCCGGUUUACAAGUGUGAAGAGAAAGAAGGAGUAUAUUUGUUUGGAGAGGGUUAAAGGGAAAUUGGUUAAUAUUCUUCAGGGUCUUGAACUCCACACUGGUGUUUUUAGUGCUGUAGAGCAGACGAGGAUAGUUAAUUACGUUUAUGAACUUCAGGAGAAGGGAAGAAAAGGAGAACUGAAAGGGAGAACAUAUACAGCUCCACAAAAGUGGAUGAGGGGCAAAGGGCGUGUAACUAUCCAGUUUGGCUGUUGUUAUAACUAUGCAACAGACAAAAAUGGUAAUCCACCUGGCAUCCUCCAGAAUGAAACCAUAGAUCCUAUGCCUGACCUCUUCAAAGUGAUCAUUAGAAGGCUGGUUAGAUGGCAUGUGCUCCCUCCAACCUGUGUUCCUGAUAGCUGUAUUGUUAACAUUUAUGAUGAAGGAGACUGUAUACCUCCUCAUAUUGACAAUCAUGAUUUUGUUCGACCUUUUUGCACUGUGUCAUUUGUUAGCGAGUGCAAUAUAGUAUUUGGAUCUAACUUGACAGUUGUGGGUGCUGGUGAGUUUUCUGGAUCAAUUGCAAUCCCUCUGCCCGUGGGAUCUGUUCUUGUCUUAAAUGGAAAUGCAGCUGAUGUGUCGAAGCAUUGUGUACCUUCGGUUCCAACAAAGAGGAUAUCUAUUACAUUUAGAAAAAUGGAUGAAGCAAAACGCCCCAUUGGCUUUAUUCCAGCACCUGAUUUGCAGGGGAUUGAACCAUUAGCAUAUGAUGUAGAAGGAACAAAGAGUUUAAAUUCUCCAAAGUCUGAGCCUCAUAGGAGAAGGCAGCCAUUUGGAAAAGAGGGUAGGACAGAAGCGAGAGGAUUUGGAGAGAAUGGUUCCCGAUCUGAACCUCGUAACUCAACUUGGGGUAGACGAGGGUCUGCAAAUAAGUGGAGGGUCAGGUGAGGGAUAAGAUCAAAUCCCUCUGCUGGUUCAACUCUGAUUUUCAGGUAGAAAGGCUGAAGUGUAGUUGUCUGACAUAUUCUGGUCUUAUAUGGAUGAGCUUGUUACAGAAGUCCAUUUGAAAAGAAACCGCACGAGACCGUUCAUAUCUAGCCUGUGUGCAAGUGUGUCAAAUGCAUCCUUUAGUUCGAUUCUCUGCUUGAGCAAUAUCUGCUGGUACAUGUCUGAUGGAAUUUAGAGCAAUAUUGAAGAACUUACAUUCAAGUAUUAGAAUGACUGCUUCAAUUUUAUGCAUCUGAAAUCCUUUGAAGUUCCAGGUUUACUUCUGCCUGAUACAGGAUAAAAUUUUAGUGUGAUUGGAUCUGCUAAUUUGAAGUACUGCCUGCUACCCCACGGUUGGAGUUGCCUUUUCGAGACUGAUUGUAUAGGAUGGAUUUACCUUGUUGAGAUGCCAUUGAAUUAGUUGAUUUUGGGUUACUACCACACCAUUAGACUGCGUGAUUUUCCGAUAACCAAUAUAUAUUAUUAGAUGUGAAAAAAUGUAUUUUUGCAAUGCUUGUUCAGAAUCCAGACUUUUGAUAGAUUUUUCGAGUUGCUUGAACCAGAAUGGGGUAGAUGGUACGGUAUUGAUUGUGGAGAUUCUUUGAAAACUCAUGGUUUGUGAAAUCUGAGAAAUUCAGCUUUUACCAACGUGUGAACUCAAGGAUCGGUGAAGUGUGUGUAAGGGAAUAUAAUAUAUUUAGAAACUAAAACACAAGUGGUGUAAGCUUGAGAGAAUGUAAAAACAGAAUGAUCAUUUGCUUUGAAAAUAUUUGUUUUACUGCAACAUAAAUAUGAAUUUAGAGAGAAUUGCA